CCCGGCUGCGUCAGAGAUGUGUAAACACCGCAGCGGUGCCCGCCGCUAUUUAAGGGGCCGAAGCUGAGUCUCCCCCGACUUCCCUGCUUGGGCACACACCCAAGGACUCACAGCUCCCAGCUCGAGCGGGACCUUGGAAAAGCGCAGCGGAAAGCAAUGUACAGCGGGCUAUGCAUCUGCGUGUUCCUCGCUGUGCUCUCGCUGAGCUCCUUUGGACAGCAAACUCGGGGCUCACACGAUGGCAAUCCUCUGCCUGCUGAGCUGGAGCAGAGCCUGACAGAACAUCAGCGGCACUCCCGUGCUCCAUCAUCUGCCGGGCCCCUGAAAUCCCUGCCGCGGCUGGAUGCGAGCGGCGACCAAAGAGCCAGCAUUGGCGCCUUGCUGGCCAAGUAUCUCCAGCAAGCCAGAAAAGGUUCCACUGGAAGAUUCUCAGUUAUGGGAAACAGGGUACAGAGCAUUGAUCCUACUCACAGGAUAAAUGACAGAGACUACAUGGGCUGGAUGGAUUUUGGACGCCGCAAUGCUGAAGAAUACGAGUAUUCUUCCUGAAGAGCACCAAACUAUAGCAACGAGCUAAAAAAAAAUCACACUCCCAUGUCUGUACAGAAAGAGAUAAAUCAAUUUGUUGUCCUCUUCAAAUCAGUGUUUUAAAGUAUUUAAAAUCAUGUAUUUGGCAUAAGUUUAUCUGUAAGACUAUACAAUGCAAUAUAUACAUAUGCAGAAUUUUCCAGAAAAUGUUUUCUUUCUUUUGUGGUUUCUCAUACAUUGAUCCUAUAUUAAAAUGAUUUCACUUAUCCCUCCUUGUCCUG